AUGCAAGGCUUCCACUUAAAAAAGAACGACCACGUCGCCAUCGAUGGUCGCCCCUGUAAGGUCGUCGACGUAUCCUUCCGUGAAGAUGAUCAUGGAAAUGCCUUUAUCGAUCUAGUUGGUGUUGAUAUUUUCACCGGAAAGGUGUUAAAACAUCAGUCGUUAUCCUCCGACAACUUUGUUAUACCUGACGUCGUCCGACAGGUUUUCGCGCUGGUCAAUAUUGACGAUGGCUACUUGAAUCUAAUGUCAUCAGAUGGGGUCUCUAAGGACGACCUACAGCUCCCGGAGGGCGAUCUUGGAAGGCAGCUCAUGAGUGAUUUCGAAGAGGGUAAAGAUCUUGAAAUUAUCGUGUUGAGCACUAUGGGUAUGCAGGGAGUAAACGGGUUUAAGGAGGCAAAACACCGUCAGUAA